CACCCGGAUGGAGUCGUGCAACCGCACCGUCAGGCUGUGGCACUGAAAGCCGGAGGACACGAAGGGGGCGGGCUCUCCUGGAGUCCUUGCACCUUAUUAUUGGUUGAAGCCCAUAGUUGUAUAACGUACGCAUAUUUUCGGGAACAGUGGACACGAAUGCGCAAAUAAAAAAAAAAAAAACGACAUGAUGGAUGUGGACCUACAUGCAGCGCUGCCAUCCACUACAUAACAAGCCGCGUGGACCACGUCGAUCUGAAAAAAAACAUCACAAGGAUCUUUGGUUGAACGAUCUCCAUCUGCUUAUAUAGACAGAAAGGAAAAGCGGUCCCCUGACAUUCUCCACUGAAGACGGAAGAGCUCGGCGAGGAGGGUAGUCGCCUUCUUUUCAUGCUGACAAAGGAAGCAGAUGUGCAGUGUAGCCGAACAUGUAGCCUGGACGCCACAAAGGAUAUCUGUUGGAGCAGCAACGCGGAGCCCCGAUCUGGUAUCCGAUGUAACUCACAUCAACUCGGAUUGUCCUUAUACGUCUAAGAAAAGGAUUGGGAGUCUCUAGGUGCCCGUCCUUUCAGAGAAUGGCUAAUGGGUGGGAAUCAUACUUUGAAGACCUCACACCUCUAUCAUCAGAUCUAACGGCCUUGACGACAUCAGAGUCAGAAGAAACCAUUUCUCAGCCUUUAGACAACUUUAUUGGAAAUCAUGAUUUCUCUGGGGCAGAGGCCACCACACCAACCUUGAACUUCAACACGAACUAUUGCUCAAAUCCCAGUAUUGUAAAUUCUAGUUCAGACUGUGUUUAUCAGAGAAUUUGCAAUGAUACACAAUGGCAUGCUGAUGGAGAACCAGUGGAAAAAGACUAUUUGCAAAAAUGUGGAAUUAGUGAGAUCUCAGAUUUUUCUGCAGAUGAAUCACCAACAUCUGGACCUUUCCCAUCAUCUUUUGGAACAGAUUUACAAGGACUUAAGCAAGACUGUGGAUUGCAAGCUACAUCAUUUCUUGAGAACUUCUCAGAUGUUAGCAGCUGCUCAGAUUCCAAUUCUGGUGAAUUAAGACUUUCUGGAAAAUUCAUGGCAAGUAAUUCACCUCAAAAAUCUACAACUGAUGUUCCUACUGAACACAGCUCAUCAGAAUGGUUUUUCACACAUACUGGGAAUUUGACCUUGCCAACUGAGAGUCUGUGCUCAGAGUCUGUGACAGAGACUAAUGUAACUUUGCCAUCAAACAUGAAGGCAGUAGAAAAUAUUACUGAAUGUGCUCAAGAUGGCCAGAUGGAAAGUCUAAAAGAAACAGCCCUCUCCUCUACUACUUUAUUAAUGGCAACAACCACAGAGAGUGAGACUGUACACAACAGAAAUGAUUGUUGUCAAGAUCAGAAACAAAAUGGUGAUAUGGAAAGAAAUCUUCUACAGAGUAGAUCUCCAGAUAUCUUAAGUGGCCAUGAAAACUUGACUGGAGAUAGCCACGAGGAUGAGCAAAUCUCUUCAGCUGCUUCAAAUGACUAUGAGCAGGAUCACUUUGAUGAACAAGUCUUAAGAAAAAAAACUAAGGAGUUACUCAACCAAGAAACCAAAGGAGAUAAUAAUCCAGGCUCCACAGAUGGUCAAGAUGGAAAGAGUGAAGCUGAGCAAGACAAAAUUGAAGAACUCAAGAGGAAAUCGGAAGGACCAGGAUCAUCAGAAAAUGACAUUUUUGAAAAAUGCAAAUCUCCAAUACCCAAUUCCACCUACUGUCAAGGUGAAAAUAUGGAAACCAACAAUCAGGAGAAUGAUACCCAGGCAAAUACCUCUCACACGUCUGAUCCACCAGCGAUUCAGGUAUGCAGUUCUAUAGAUGGUACUCAGGACUUGCAGCAAUGUACGAGUAACAUUCAUGACAUUGAAUCUUCUGUGCAGUUAUCAGAACACCAGUCCUAUGAAAGUGUACCUCAAAACUAUGUUUGCAAAAGUGUUGCUGAGAGGAGUGAUAGCAAUUUGAGUGAUGCCAGUGCAAGUCUUUCAGAAUCCUGCUUGCUGCCAAAUACCUCAAGCAAUGACAUAAAAUCCUGUUUUAAAAUGGAAUUGACGAGUCCGCUAGAAACAAAAACCCCAACCUCCUCUCCAGUUCAAGACUGUAGUGAUUUCAGUGCCACUGAUGAUGGUCUUUGCUUGGAUACUAAUGAAAAGCAAAAGAAUAGUGUUGCUAGACAUCCAGAAUUUGACUUAAAGACAGAUAGAUCAAACACAGAUAUACUUUCCUGUAUAGGAAUGGAAACAACAACAACCCCAGAGACAAAAACUCCAACCUCCUCUCCCAAUCAGUAUUGCAGUGGCUCUCAUGUCACUAGUGACAGUCUUUCUUUUGGUACUAGUGUCAAGAGUCUGGCUAGUCAUCCAGAAUCCUGCUUACAGUCAGAUGCCUCCAACACAGACAUGCAUCCCUGUCUAGAAAUGGAAAUGACAAAUGCAGACUCUUCUGCAGCUCCAGAAUUUGUCAGCCAUGCUGUAACCAGUGACAGUAAUAGUGCUUUUAGUAGUUCAAAAUCCUGCUUAGAGCCAAAAACCUCAAGCAAGGACAUAAAUCCUUGUUUAGAGGAGGAACAGUCAGGUCAAGAUACAAAUACCAUCCUCUCUCUAAAUCUGCAACAGCCCCUGGAUACAAAUCAGGUGGCCCAAGAUCAGUCAGGUUUUAGUGGAGAUGGAGUUGAAGUAACAAGGGAGUCUUUUGAAGACUUGGACUCUACCAUAAAGGGACAGUCAGUGCCUGGCUUGCUGUAUGGGGAACCGCUAUCAAGAGAAGACUCUUUGUGUGACCCUGAUGAAACUAAACCUGUCUUAAGUCAAAAUAAAGAAACAGUUGUGGCAAGACCUGACAUUGACAACAUGGACUGUUCUGAAGGACCAUCAGCUCAACUUAAACCCUCUGCACGAAUGAGAAAAUUGCUCCACCCUGUUGUAUUACUUAAAACCUUGGAGUCAACAAAUGGAAAGAGUAACUCAUAUCAUUGUGCAGAUUGCCAGCACACAACCUACAAUGUAGACCAUCUAAUUGAGCAUCACCAUGGUUGCCAUCCAAUGCACAAUAUUAGGUUUUGCAAGACAUGUAAUCUCUAUCUGACGAGGAAUGAAGAAGGUGUGAAACACUUGUGUGGCAUUGUCAAAGAAUGCCCUCAGCUCUCUUCUAAUUCUAGCCAAACAAAGGAAAGAAAUCGUCAUGGCCGCCACAGGUGCAGCAGGUGUGGAGUCAUAUUUUCAAAAAUAUUGCAUUAUAUAAAGCACAUGCGGACUCACACUGGCACAACGCCUUUUAAGUGUACUGAAUGUGGCUUGUAUUUUGCACAGGCUGGCACCAUGCGUAGACACAAGCGUAUACCUGGUAGAUGCAAAAAGUCCACCCAGCCACUUGAAAAUUCUGAUGUGGUUGUCGACAAAAGUGAAACGCCAAAUGACGUGGUACAUAUUGGUGCAUAUGCAAAUAUGUCGAAAUGUUAUGUAAAACUUGUUGACAUCUUUAAGAUGGAUCUGUGUGGCAAAGGCUAUACUUUUGAAGAGUACAAGAAAAAGCUUCUCUCCAGUAUGCAAAAAGCAAAAAGUGUAGCAGUUUCAUCAAAUCAGUGUAUUGGAAAAGUCAAUCGUGAGGAACAAAAUGAGAUAAGAGGAAAAUAUAAGUGUCCUCUAUGUCCACGCCGGUUCAAGUACUCUUAUAACAGGGCUCGUCAUUUGCGUCACUGUGUCAGAAAAGCAAUACAUGGCGGCAAGGGAAAAGUUGGUGGUAAAUAUCAGUGCCCCUUGUGCCGCGCUACCUUCACUUUAUCAUCCAAUCGAUACAGACAUAUUAAGACAUCUUGCUUCCGAGAAGCUAUUAAUCGACUUGCAAAAGAAAAUGCAAAAUCAAGGACAAACACUGACCAUCAAAAAACUAAUGAAAAUGAUCAGAAACCACAAUCAAAGGAAAAUGAAAGGAGAAAACAAGCACCCCAAGCUUUAACAGCUCCCACAACUGUGAAACAUUACAAAUGCAAUCUCUGUCCAGCGGUUUAUCGUCAUCCUUCUGGAAAGUACAGACAUAUGAAGAAACAUGAGUCAUAUAAACUCACAGGAAAGAUCCUUAAAUAUAGGAAAUCGGCUUCCACCAUCAUGUCUAAACCAAAAACCUCAUGUAGUGUGGAGACUGAAGAGAUUAAGGACAAGUUAAAAUCCACUAAAGCAAAUAGCAGUCUCACCCUGAGCUGUCGUUUUUGUGGGAAAUGUUUUGGCUCAUCACAGUCACUGAGGAAACAUGAACGCAAUCACCGUGGUGAAAGACCGUACCGCUGUCUGCAAUGCAGAAAGGGAUUCAAGAGACUCUGCCAUCUGAUUUGUCAUAAAGCUGUUCAUCAGAGUAGGAUACAGUGCACUGUAUGUAGAAAGAUUUUGCCAACUGUUGAAGAACUGAUCCAGCAUAGAAACACACAUCAUCAAGGGGGAAUGCUUAAAUGCCCAGACUGUCAUCUGCAGUUCCAGUAUCCCGCACAACUCCUUAGACAUGUGAAUGUUCACAAAAAUGGAAACAUCAAUGCACCUCAGCUUGAGGAGAAAACACCAUUAAAGCCCCAGCAGACCUUGAAAUCUGUGAAAGAGAGAAAAGGACCAGAGCAGCUGCAGUGCUCGCUAUGUAAACAAGUGUUCAGUGAUCCCCAAAUACUGAGAAAGCAUUGUCUUACACAUAUAUCUGGUAAUCAGUGUCCAUUUUGCAAAUAUAUUUUUGGUAGUCGGCGCUAUUUGCUUUUGCAUAUGGUCAAACAUACCGGAGACAAAUCCUUUUCCUGCACCAAUUGUGGAAAACAGUUUUACCGUGACAUGUACCUUAAACUUCACAGUCAGACAUGUUUGCCUUCUCAAACCAGGCAACAUGCCACAGUGAAGUCCAACACUAUCCCAAAGAGACCAUAUCAGUGUCCCUAUUGUCCGCGGACAUUUGGCAAAAAAAUACGGAUGAAAAAUCAUCAGCAUGGCCACAAGAGAAAUUCUUUGCUUGAAUGUUCAAAAUGUGGGCAGUACUUUGGAAUUACAAAAUUAAGUCAACAUCAGAGGAACUGCGGAGAGAUUUCAGGGUGCAGUACAGGAAUAUCAUCUCCUGUUGGCAGUUUUGAUAAAAGCCCUUCACAGACAAGUCAGAAUGUUCAAAAGAUGUCUUUGCAGUCAAAUGCAACCAAGAUGCUUAAAUUAAAAUGCCCUCACUGCACACAGAGGUUCAGGUACAGAUCACUACUCUUGAGACAUCUUGUGUCACAUACUGGUUUGCAACCCUAUCCAUGUAUGCAUUGUGGCCACAGAUUUGGAAGUCGGACAAUGUGUUUGCAACACGAAGCUUUCUGUGAUGGUGUUGACAAAGAGAAACUAUCGAAACCCAAAAGUGAUGCUUCAGCAGAACAGUCAGAGAAGCCCAAAGCAGAUGGUGACAUUGGGUACAAGUGUAAAUUCUGUACAAAGACUUUUAUGAAACCUAGAAACCUAAGACGUCACAUUUUGACGCACAAUGAAGUCAAGCCAUAUCGUUGCAAAGUCUGUGACUGCUGCUUUUCGAGAUAUGACCAUCUCAAAGUGCAUCAGACUCGCUGUAAAGGUAUAAAAGGACGACUGGAAGUCUGUAUACCCAAAAUCAGUUUAAAUGAUGUUGGCAAGGGAUGGAAAAUUAGGUUUGGUAAUAAGCUUACUGAAAAGCAGAAGACAUUUGAGUGUGAAGUCUGUUUAAAAAGCUUCCCAUCCCAGUCGAAUCUUUCCCGACAUUUCACUCUGUUGCAUGCUGCAAAGUUACAUAAGUGUACAUGUGGUUCUUCAUUCUCUCAUGAAAAAUCUUUGAAAAAGCACAGGAAGAUGAAAAGGUGCAAAAGGUUCUCCAGUGAAACGAAAGCUUCCUUACCCCUUGGGACUAAUCGAUCAGCAGAAAAUGUGACAAGACCACUCGAUGAGCCAAGAAUUCGAAUGUUAGAGAGGAUCCAGCCUUCUUUUGCAAAAAAGUACAAGUAUGUGUGCAGUUACUGCCCCCGUGCUUUUGGAAACAGCUGGCAACUAAGCGUGCACCUCCGCCUGCACACAGGAGAGAGGCCAUAUCCUUGUGAAUAUUGUGGUAAGAGAUUUAUCAGGAAGGAUUAUUUACAGCGUCAUUAUUUAAAUUGUACCAAGAAACUACAGAGUAAAGUGCUUUGUGACGGAUGCGGAGGAUUCUUCUCCAUAGACAACCUUGAAGAACACAACAAAAGUUGUACUUUAAGACCAAAGUCUGCAGUGUCAACAGUUUGCCAAGAUGAACCGUCAACCUCUCAAAGUCCACCAAAAGGCUUUUCUUGUGCAUACUGUAGUUCCCGCUUUCUGCUAUUUUCACAGCUCCAAGAACAUUUUUUGAGUGCACACAAGCUGGAAACAAUGGUUCCACCAGUGUCAACUGCUCCCCUACAACAACUUCUAUCUAACAUACCAAACAUAAAAGAGGAGCCUUUGGAUGAGAGUUGUGAUGUUGCUGAUGCAACUAAACUAGACACAGGCCUGGAGAGUGAGGUCUCAAAAAAAUAUUUCUGCCCAGACUGCGAUAUGUCCUUUGCAACUAAAGCUGGACUAACUGGUCAUCUUCGUGUACAUGCUGUGGCUCAUCCUUUUAAAUGUAAAAUAUGCAGUAAGGGAUUCUGGAAUAAAAGUCUUCUUCGAAAUCACCACAGAAGAUGUAGAAAUGGACAUAUUGUAACCCAGCCAUUGGAAGUCCCACUGAAAGCAGAGAUUGAUUUUGCACUGAAUGAAUCUGUUCUUGUCUUCAAAGAAAGCUCCAAAACAACUGGAACUGGUGUUUUGCAGACCAACUUUUCUUGCAAAGAUGACCUGAUGGACAAAUCCCCACAAAAUUCAGAAGAAAAUCAGGUGCAGAGCAGCUCAACUAAAGAAAAGAAACCAGUUCAGUAUCAAUGUUCAGAAUGUGAUAAGAGCUUCACAGAUGGCUUAAUGCUAAUAAGUCACCUUGAAGACCAUGGCAGACAGGAACAAGAGAAAAAACGCAAUACAUGCACCAAGUGUGGGCGGGUGUGCAGUACCCAAGGAAGUCUUGAAAAACACAUGAGAAUCCAUGGAGAUAAGACAUACACUUGCCCCAAUUGCUCCAAGGUCUUUAACACCAUAUCUGAACUUGAAGUCCACAAAGCAUUCCAUGAUCCUAGCAGGCCUUUCGCUUGCAAACUGUGUACUCAACGGUUUUGGACUAGACCGGCUUUAUGUAGUCAUUACAAGGAAAGUCAUGCAAACAGUGCAUUUUCUUGUCAAUUCUGCAGCAAAGUCUACGCAACAAAAAAAUCACUGUCAAGACACUAUAAAAAAUGGCAUCAAAAAGAGCAGAAGGAAGUUGGGAGUGCUGUGCAGAAAAAGAGCGGCAGUGAACAACAAUCAAGCAGCCAAGUCAGUACAACUGGUGAAAGUGGUGAGGAUGAAGAUAACGGCAGCAAGGGCAGCGACUCGGACUCUGCACCAUACUUCCCGUGCCAUGUGUGCGGCAAGACAUUCACAACGUCAGAAAGUCUUGAGGAUCAUCAGCUGUGUCACCUGGGUGAAAAACCACAUGAGUGUGCAGAAUGUGGUAGAUGUUUUUUCCAGGCAGCCCAGCUGCAGCAACAUCAACGGAUGCACAAGUCUGAAUUUCAAUGUCAAAUGUGCGGAAGGGGAUUUGUUUCCCUCUUUGCACUUCGUAAACAUAAGCAUACUCAUGGUAAGAGUCGUCCCCACCGCUGUUCCAAGUGUCACCUCAGUUUCACAGGGCCUGCACAGCUAGCAGAACACAUGUCUGCCCACCGCGAAGAGAACUUUCCAUGUGAUAUAUGCAAUCGUGUGUUUCCUUCCAAAAGUAGUAGAGCUGAACAUCGGAAAAGUCACUCCAAGUUAGGUGACCCUCCCCCACCUUCAGUUUCAAGAGAACAUGAACGGUCUACUCCACCGUCUGAAAACUCAUAUGCUUGUAGGACAGAACUUAAAUAUCGUUGCGGUGUCUGUAACGACUGUUUUAGAGACCCAGAGGAGCUGUCAGAGCAUGGUUGCAAGGCAGCCAAGGAGCGACCCUACUCUUGUGCAGACUGCAACAAACAUUUUCUUCAUGCAUCUCACCUGCAAAAACACAGUUCAACCCAUCACCCAUCAUAUUCUAAAGGGGAAUAUUCAUGUAAUCAAUGCUCCACUACUUUUUUGUCUUCUCAAAGCUUCCUCAGCCAUCUUAAGAGCCAUGUUGAUAGCGCACCAAAAAUUAAACAUGGCAAAGGUAAUAUCAUAUGCCCAGUUUGCCACAAGUAUUUUGCUCGUGCCACAGAACUGAUCGGUCAUUUUCCCAUCCACAUUGAAACAAUGAAAGAUAAUUCUGGAAGCAACCAUGUAAAACACAAGCAACCUAAAUCGACUCCUUCAGCAACUAAAUAUGAAUGCAAAAAGUGUGGUCAGAGCUACUUGUCGCAUGAUGCUUUCCGCCAGCACCAUUGUUCCCAUCAACAGCAGGCAAUUGUGGAGACCAAACAGUCAAACCAGUCAUCCGGUCCAAGUUAUCACCAAGCAACAGCUGAAGAAGAGGAGGUUGAUGUUACAGGAGAGGACUUUUUCAAUUGCCCCGUUUGCUCAAUGCAGUUCUCUUCCAAAAGUGGUCUGCUAGACCAUCAAAAUACACAACAUCCAAGUGGGAGGCCAUUUAGUUGUGAUUUCUGUGGAAAAACAUUUGCCAAGAAGAAGUACCUUAGAGAGCAUGAGCGUAGGCAUCGUCUAAAAGAGACGGCUAACAAUGACUUCAAAUGUUCCCAUUGCCGUGCCAGAUUCAGUACGUCGCCAGAUCUGUCUUUGCAUAUGAGACUGCACGCUGAAAAAGAAGUGGGAGAGUACCGUUGUGACAUGUGCUAUAAGUCGUUCAGCCAUUGGUCUCAUCUAAAGCAGCACCAAGAGAGUCAUGUUGGUGAAGUUGUGUAUGAGUGCACAGAAUGUGACAAAGCCUUUGCUUUUCCUCACCUACUGGAGGAGCAUCAACAGACUCAUGCUGGCUCCUCUCAGUAAUAGAUCUUAUAUACCGCAUACCUUCCUUUUCGAAUGAUUACAAGUAAAGAAUAUCGAAAUCCCUCUCAUGCCUUACAGCUGACUGUACCUCGUUAAAUUUUAGGUCCACUUUGUAUUUUUUUCUUUUGCCCUUGUUGGUUGCAUUGUUAGAAAGCUCUUGGCUAAUGUCGCCGUAACAGAGCAUCUUUUCCUGAGUAUUUUUUUGUUAUUUUAUAGGUCCAAUACUGGGAUUUGUGUACAUUAAAUUACCCUCUUAGUUUUGUGAAAAUGUAUGUAAAUCUGUUACAGAAAUGGUUUAAUAUGCUGGUUGAAUAUGAGAGGAUAAUAAAAUGUCUAAGUUCUGAUCAAACAUGAUGUUGUUCAACAUAUAGUUUGAAACUGUUUACUCAGUUUUGUUGACUGUAUGUAAAGUUUAUACUGGUCAUUUUAAUCCAUUGGUAUUUUUAGUUUAUUAGGUUUCUGUGUUUGUCAAGGGUUGUAUUUUUUAUAUCUUGUACAGAUUUAAGAAAUUAAGAAAAUGAAGAAAUUUUUUAUUUGAAAAUCCCUUCACAAACUGAGAAUGUGACUUUUCGUAAGAAAUUUUAGUUGGUGCGUUCAACCUUGGAGUAAAGUCUCUAUAAAAUCCA